CAGACACAUUGGAAGUGCGGAGCUGAAGGUGUUCACAUCUCAAGAUGGACAGAGUCUGCUGGAAGCUGAGCCUGGUCUUUCUGGUGCUGUUGGUCAGCACGUGUGUGGAGGCUUCAUUUUCAUAUCGGAUGGAAGACUUCAUCAGUGCAGUAAAGCAGGUGGAAGAUGAGGACCCUGGGUCAGAGCCGCUAGCUGUGUUGAAGAGGCUGCGGCGGGCAGCUGAGGUCAAUGACCCGUUUAUUCAGUACUUCCUUUUCAGUGAUCUCUCUGGAGUGCCUGAACUGGCUGCUAACCUUUCAGAUUACAUUAGAAAAGCUGUGCAUCACAGGGUGACAGAAGACGCCAAAGAGGAAGGGGUGGUCCUAACUCCUGAUGGUACCACUGUUGCCCUCAGACCGCUCCUCCUGGGCAUCGAGGCCGGUUUACUUGCCAAGACUCGAGGACGCGUUCGAGGUCUCUACCUACUUGCUCUGGCCAGAGAUCUGGGCCUUUCCCUCAGGCAGAGUCCAACUGUGACGCGGCGUCUGGGACCCGACGGCUGCUGGGACAACCUAAGCUCUCCUCAAGUGUUCACCCUCUCGGACAGCCCCUCCCUGCUCACCACCGCUCAAGUCAAUGGAGGCAUGGAUGGCGUCGUGCUGGGGUUGGAGGUUUCUGACAAAUCCAGACAUCCUCUCAAGCUCAGCAGUCUGCUGACAGAGUACUACUGCCACCAGCUGGAGGGUAAAGGACUGGACACCGCCCCACGCCUCAUCAGCCGACGCCGCAGGGAGAACUUCAGACAGUUGGUUGUCCCGCUGCUGCUGGCCAGACAGGUGGUGAAAUCUGUACAGCUGCAGCAGAGUCUGACAGGACAGUCAGAUAUGGAGAGGAAGGAGAAGAAGGUGCUGAUGAGAGAGGUGAAGGAGGGGAUGAAGGAGUUUGUCCAUAUGUACAUGGAUUGCCCACCCAUCGUUCCUCGGUGUAUGUGGGGUGCAAAGCCGUACAUAGGAACACCCACCAACCUCUCGCUGCCUCUCUCCUUCAUGUUCAUCCACCACACUAGCACGCCCAGCCAGCCCUGUCUGACCUUUGAGCAGUGCUCUGCAGACAUGCGCUCCAUGCAGCGUUUUCAUCAGGAGGACAGAGGCUGGGAUGACAUCGGAUACAGCUUCGUUGCGGGCUCCGACGGGAACAUCUACGAGGGCCGAGGAUGGUACUGGCAAGGAGCCCACACCCUCGGCUACAACUCUGUCGGCUACGGCGUUUCCUUCAUUGGAGACUACAGCAGCAUUCUGCCCUCUCAGCACGCCAUGGAGCUGGUGAGAGACCAGCUGGCAAGCUGUGCUAUCAUUGGCGGGCGACUCAUACCCACUUUUACCCUGAGGGGCCACAGACAGAUGGUGAACACCGCUUGCCCAGGAGAUGCUCUGUACAGUGAGAUCAAGACCUGGAAACAUUUUGGGGAUGUCCAGAAAUAAAGAGGCUGGGAUACACCAGAACAUCACACAACAAAUAUUAGACUUAUUUUUAUGGGCUGCUUUGUUGUCAUUUCUUUUUCACUCUGUGGCAUGCGUUGCAUUAAGUAAGUACCUUUUUUUGGGAUUCCAUCAGAAGAGCGAUUAAUAUGAUGAUGAAGUACAUCCAAUGCAAACUGCUGGCUUUUAAAAAAAAUUCUUCCUGAAACAGAGACUGUUGUUAAGAAAGAUUUUUCUUCAGUUAGUUUUUGAUAUUCUUCUACGUGACAUCAGCAGAAGUCAUGUAUUACAGCUGAUUUGCAUAAGUGUUCUCUGGCUGCUGACAUUGCUUGAAAUUUCUGACCGCUUCUCCAUGUGAAAUUCCUUCUGUUGCAACAUGUUUGCGGCUUUUCUUGCAUGUAUUGCCCAUUCCGAAUCCCCCACAAGAUUUCAGUGGGAUUCAGAUCUUGGGCUAUUUCACAACCCUCCAUUUCUUCUUUUUGAGCCAUUCCACGGUGGAUUCACCAGUGUCCUAAAGAUCCCUCUUCUGCUUAAACUUCCAUUUCUGGUUUAACUUUCAGACUUUUCACAUAAUUGAAUCAAUGACCAGAAGCUGCUCUCCUCUUUGCCUGUAUGUUACAUGAGAGCAUGCAAAGCCUCUACCAACUUGCUCUGGCCAGAAAUCUGAGCCUUUCCCUCAGGCUAGUUUUGGCAUACAAAGCCAUUCUCUCCGUCUUUGCAUGCUUUCCAUGCAGGCAGAAUUUUAGAAACAUGGACUUUGACAUCAACACUUACAAGAGGAAGUCCUCUGAUGACAUUUUGGGGUUGUCGUGAAGACUCCUUUUUGUUUCUUUUUUCCCAGGCAAGCCAUUUUUUUUUCUUUUUUAACAGUGAAAUUAGUCAUUUGAAAUAAUGUGGUGAUAUCUGAAUAAAAUGCCUCAUUAAACUCACAUUAAAGUCAAAUGCUUUGCUGAAGGUCUCUUCAGAGCUUGAUGUGGCAACAGCAAACACUUCAACAGCAAAAAGGACGGCAGACCGGCAAUGUCAACAGUUUAUAUAAGAAGUUUGCAAUAACAGGACCCUGGGCUGGAAUACCUGAAUGUGGAGCUGACUGAUGAUGGUAUUUUAAAAAAUAUACUUACUGGAAUCAUGGAAAUACUUCAGGUUGUUUGAUGUUUCUUUCUUUUGACUGUCACUUUUAUCUAUCCUGUUUCUGUUUCUAAAACGAUCAAGACUUUGCUUUUUCAACUAUACAGCGAAGCAUUGAUUUCCAUGAGAUGGAGUGUGUCACAUGACUGUAUACUUGUGGGUUUUAUUUUGGCAAUAAUGAUAUACUAUGUGUUAUAGAAACUGAA